GUCUUUUCCUGUAUCCUCCGGGCUAAGUGCGCGCACAUUGACGCCCCUCCCCUGUUGCUGCUGCUGGGACUGGGCGCGCGCACGGUGCUCGGCUGUCCGUGGUAACAGCGCGGCGUAGUCCACUAUGCCGCGGGUCCAACGGCGUCAGCUGUAAUGAGGCAGUGUGAUGUGUCUCGUAGCCUACCGGACCGAACCGCUGACACUCUGCGCUUAGGCUACUCUUCUCCGUCCAUGCAGAAGAUGGUGGCCGGCGGCUAGUUCCAACUUCGGACUCCGUGGUUUCUUUCCUUCGGCGAAGCGCACUGAAAUCAGUUGAGGGGUCCUGAGAUGACGGAAGUGGAGCCAGUGUUGGACUUUGCCUCCUCGGGGCGCUCGGGGAGGAGAAAUGCCCUGCCUGACAUCCUGGGCUCGCCGGCAGGCGUAAACCCUGGCGACCUGCCUCUUAAGCUGGCUGAGCUGUCCCUCAAAGAUGGCCCGGGAGGGGCCCAGUCACCCACGGCGGAGGAGCCUCCUGCGCCGCCGGAGAGCUCCGAGGGGAAAGAGGGAUCGUAGGGACUCGUUUAUUUACCUCCCCGGAGACCUGCCACGAUACCCUGAGAGAAGGGACGAGGAGCGAGUUAGAGCGCGACUGGUGGGAGAAAGAGCGAUUAUCUGUGGAGAGCCAGUCUGUUUGUGAAGCAGCUGAGCCACGGAGGGAGGGGGACCGAGCAACUCCCCAGGGACUGGAGCCAGGCACUCGGCACUAUCUGAAAAGAGUUAGACGUCUGUUAGUUAUGAACCAGUGAGAGAGUGUGAGUGUGUGUGUAUGUAUGUAUGUAUGUAUGUGAGUUAUACACUCACCGCGGACACUACACUGAGAAUCAGAAGGACCAUGACAGAUUGUAUACUGUACACUACUAUUUUUGUAUGAUUUAUUUAAAACUAAAGAUAAACAGGAACUCAUAAGUCAAACUGUAAUAUGUACCAUUUGCUUUUCCUUUACAGUGAUGUGUGUUACUUUACAUUGAGGGAUAGUAGGAGGGAUAUUAAAGGACUAAAAGCCUGUAGUGGCUCCAAGCUUUUACAUCCAGCUGGACGCAAAGUGGCACGUGACAUAAGGAAACGGGGAAAUCUUUUGUGUCGUCUUCUGCUUUCCCACUAACUGUGUAUAAUCUACUGUAUGUUUUCAAAUCUGAGGCUGUUGUACACUAUAUCUUUAUCGUAAAUGUACAGUUUUUAUCCCCCGUUGCAGACUGUUUUGAUCCUAAACUUUUCUUUUUUUUUUAGGUGUCCAUAUGGACACGUUAGGUGAUAACAUAGAAGAACCGUCCAUAUCUUGAGACAUUCCUUUAGUGUCCCACUGCCAGCAAUGUACACACCGCUUUAUUAUAAUACUGAGAAAAGUCAGAGGUUUCCCUUUUGGUUUUUGCUCAAGGCUGCUUUUAAAAGUCUCUUCACUUUCCAGAAGCUCUGAAAAUGUGCCUAGUGGCAGUUCACAACCCAAAACGUGUGUUGUGUUCUCUCUCUCUGUGAAGUACUGUUAUUGACCAUUUUGGGCUACUGAUAUUUCCUCAGUUUUAAUAGGAGGUAUCAUAACACAUCUUUACGGCUUGAACUGUAAAUGAAACAUGAAAACAAACUUUUGUAACAUUCUGCAGACCUGCAUCUGCGGAUCCUACACUUUGUCAGGAAAUGGGAUUCAGUUUUGCGUAAAAAAAAAUAAAAAAAUAAAGAAAUAACUUCGGCAGGGCAUCUCGGGCUCCUCGCACGCCACUUCAUAAAGCGACAGCGGCAUAUGGCCGCUGACUGGGCACGGGAGCAAGCGUCACCGCCGCCACAAUGUGUUUUUCCCACUGCCCGGAAAUGGCAGCGCGCUCGCCUUCUGCCUCUCCGCACGGAGAAAAGUCUGUUCACACUCAUCAACACAUACGCAGAGCUGAGAAUAGGAUGCGAGACGGGACGGCGAGAAUCAGCGACGCUCCACUUUUUUUGUCAGCUCUCCGCUCUACUCCACCGCUACUGUAAAUAUACUGUGUUGUAGUAUAACCUGUGUGUGUCAUACAUGCUGCCUGUAUGCUGACAGACUUUAUUCACAUACUGUGUACCCAUAAAGAAAUGGUGUUCUGUAAUGGUCUCUAGUUCUAGCCAGUGGCUGUGUCUUUAUGUGGAUGUGUUUCACAAAUGUAACAAAGGAAGGCCUGGUGUGCAGCUGCCCCGCCUCAGCCGUACUUUUACUAACACUGAUGAGAAGUGUUAAUGGUCUACACCCGAGCUGUAUGAUCACCCCCUUUUUUUUUUUUUUUUUUUGGAGUGAUGAUUUAAAAAAAAGGUGUAUUUUGUAGUGUCCUGAUCUCUAAGUGGUGCAUACAUUUUACUUGGCUGGAUUGAAUCCCAUGUGUUGAUUCUAUCUGGUGGUGAAACCUGCCAUA